AAAAGAAUAUGUCAGGGGCGCAAGGAGCUGAGCCGCCGGGAUCGAGGACGGCGACGACAUAUAAAUCGGUGAAGGGAGGAAAUAACAAAACGAAACUGGAUUCUGCAAAUCAUAAUUCCAAUAAUGAAGACCAGGGUGGAAUCCAAGUCCAAAUGCUCCAGGACAAGAUACCUGAUUCCUCUGGUGCCGGUGGCCCUGUCUUUGGCGCCGGCGAUCAAGACAAUAAGCAAGAUCUCGGUGUUACAGGCACCGGCGCCUGAAUAAUUAAA